CCCAUCGAAGCGGAACUGAAAUAAAAAUUAAAAUGAUUCCGCAGCGUAUCUCUCUCCCGCGUGUCCGCGCGCCUUCGGAGACUGAAAAUCUUCCCAAAGCAGCAGAGGUCGGGGGAAGCUUGGAAUCUUCUCUGCUUCAACUCAUCCACGAUCAUCACCAUUCCUCUCUCAGACUUGGAGUACAGACAGAAAAGGCCAAGAGAGAUGCUAUUAUGAAUGGGAAGAGAGUUGCGGAUCUUUUGAUGGAUAUUGUGAAUGGAGGAGUGGAAGAAUCCUUUAUCAAUGAGAAGCGAAUCGAGUUAGAAAUUCGCUCUUUAAUAUCUACAGUUUUGCGUUAUUCGAAGCAAACAGAUCAAUGGCGUGCCGCUACUCAUUCGAUAAACUCUGCUCUUAAGCAGGAAAUUGGAGAUUUUGAGAACUGGAUGAAGACCAUGGAUUACGAUUGUAAAAGCAUCAAUGCUGCAAUUCAGAACAUUUAUCAAUCAUAAUCUCCUUCAGAACGAUAAUUCUAUGGAUACUCGCAAUUUUGCACCUUCAACUCCCAAGAAAGAGAUAGCCCCCUUACAACCCCCCCCCCCCCCAAAAAAAAAAAAAAAAAAAAAAGAAAAAGAAAAAAGAAAAAGAAAAAGAAAAAGAAAAAAAUCUCUCAAUGAUCAGAUCUACUGCUUUUUGCACAAAGUUUUGUUAACCUCAGCAUCAUAAAAUACCCUUGGAACCAUCAGCUAUUCAUGGAAGAGUAGACCUUCUGUUAUGAUCUUUUGGAGUUUUGUCUUUGUAAAUGUUUUCUUCCUCGACAUUUGGAUCUUCUAUUUUUCUUAACAGUUUUUAGUUUCAAGAGUGAGAAACAGGACUACUCCUGCCAGUUCAUAUUUUAAAUUACAGAAAUGCAUUUUCAGAUAA